UUCUCGAUUUGGUCGUUUUGACUCACAGCUAUUCCAAAAGAUUGUUGGUUUGGUCCUAAGAUCUCGACCUGAUCGCCAGGCUAAACUAGGUGGGGAGAACAAAUUUUAUUAUGAUGAAAAGCUCAAAAGAUGGGUUGAGGAAGGAGCUGAACCUCCUGCCGAGUGCCGAGGAAACAGCGUUGCCACCUCCACCCACUAGUACAGCUUUCCUGAAUGGAGUAAAUGAUCUCAGUCUAAAAGAUACCCCCAAAAUAGAAAGCUUUCACACAAGUAGUGAAAAUAAAAGCUCCCUCUCUUCUGAACGGAGCUCAGGUAUUCCACCAAUUCCACCCAGUUCAAACCAGUACUCUGCUCAUGCUCAAAUGGGUGUCCGCUCAAGGUAUGUUGACACAUUCAACAAGGGCGGCGGCAGCCCUGUAAAUUUAUUCCAAUCUCCUGUUCCAUCUGCAAAACCAGUGGCUGGUUCUAGUCCCAAGUUUUUCAUCCCUUCUACGGUUACUCUCGGUGAAGAGAUGGUUCAAAAUACUGGGGAAAGCAUCCAGGAAGCAAUCACGAGCAAUGAAAGCCCAGCAACAUCUUUUAAGCAAGAUUUAUCUCCUCCAGCACCACCAUCAACGAGUAUGCAAAGGUUUCCUAGCAUGGAUAAUAUUGUGCACAAAACCAUAGCAGCAGCAUCUGAUGACAACUCUCAACGUAUAGCAUCUCGGAGUGGAAGCCUAAGUAAUGCUUCCAAUCAUUCAACUACCUGGAACGCGAUAAAACCUCCACAAGAAACCCUAGGCAUACCUUACACUCCCCCAAAUUCUGGGGAAAACCUUCAUGAAAUCAAGCUUUGAGAUCCGUGGAUUGAGGGAGUUGUAAUUAAACUCACAUUGCACUGUCAGUCUCACCCCCCAUUUUGCUGUUGGGGAAAGAUGA